CUCAACCGACGUCGCUCGUCGCGCGUAAAGACGCGAUGCAGAUGAAUAAUUAAAAAAAAAUAUUUCCCGCGCGAAACUCAAAGCGUUCGGAUACAACAUACAUCGAUUUUUUUUUUUCAUUUAAAUCAAUCUGUUAUUACGCAACUGUUCGGAUACGAAUUAUAUCAUUUUUAUUUAAAAAAAAAAAUUGUCUACGAAGUUUAUUUAAAAUUAAAAUAACAGUUUAUUAAAAUUAAAUCAAUUUUUGCGUUCGAAUAUGUACGACGAACAUUAUUUUAUUUAUAGUGGUUAAUUAAUAGAAUAUUAUUUAUUUAUUUUAUACUUGUAAUAUUUUGUUAUUGUUUGUGAUAUUAAACUAAUUUAUAUUAUUUAAAUACAUAUUUCUUUGUUUGUGUUAAUGUGGUUUUUUGGACUGUGAUCGUGAGAGUUUGCAACGAUAUUAUCUAGAAGUUUCCUAAUAAAGAUACCACAAUGUACGGGCUACUUCUAGAGAACAUGGCGGAGUACAUCCGUCAGACUUACGGCGAGGAGCGAUGGGAGGACAUCAGAAGGCAGGCUGGAGUGGAACAGCCCUCCUUCUCCGUCCACCAGGUGUACCCAGAGAACUUGAUCACUCGACUGGCGAAGAAGGCUCAAGAGGUUUUAGGCAUAUCAGAGCGGGAGUUUAUGGACCAAAUGGGCGUAUACUUCGUAGGAUUCGUCUCGCAGUACGGUUACGACAGAGUUCUAUCAGUUUUGGGCCGGCACAUGAGGGACUUUCUCAAUGGAUUGGAUAAUUUGCACGAGUAUCUCAAAUUCAGUUACCCAAGAAUGAGGGCACCGAGUUUUAUAUGUGAGAAUGAGACACGACAAGGGUUGACGUUGCAUUAUAGAUCGAAGAGACGAGGUUUCGUGUAUUACGCUAUGGGGCAAAUCAGAGAGGUAGCCCGCCAUUUCUACCACAAAGAGAUGCGCAUAGAGUUACUUCGGGAAGAGUUACUUUUCGACACUGUCCAUGUGACCUUCCAGUUGACCUUCGACAACAGAGCUUUCACCUUGGCGUCUUUGGCGAUGACGAGGGAGGAGAAACACUUGCCCAUCAGUGCUUCCGUGCUGUUUGAGAUAUUCCCUUUUUGUAUUGUUUUCGGGUCUGACAUGGUAGUCCGAAGCAUCGGCAACUCCUUGAUGGUCAUCCUGCCAGAUCUGGUCGGCAAGAAGAUUACCAAUUGGUUCGACUUGGUUCGACCUUUGAUCGCCUUUAAGUUUCAAACAAUCCUGAACCGCACCAACAACAUAUUCGAGCUGGUGACGGUGGAGGCGGUGAUGCACGAGAAGGCUCCGGACAAGAGGAACGAGCUCGUCCGGCUGUCGGACGAAUCUGACACCACUACUGAGAAGAACUUACGGCUUAAAGGUCAGAUGAUCUACAUGGACAACUGGCGCAUGAUGAUGUACCUCGGCACGCCGGUGAUGCCGGACUUGGCCGCGCUCGUGUCUACCGGCCUUUACAUCAACGACUUGUCUAUGCACGAUUUCAGCAGGGAUCUAAUGUUAGCUGGGACCCAACAAUCCGUGGAGUUGAAACUAGCCUUGGACCAAGAGCAACAGAAGAGCAAGAAGCUAGAGGAGUCCAUGAGGAAACUCGACGAAGAGAUGAAGAGAACUGAUGAACUGCUGUACCAGAUGAUACCCAAACAAGUCGCUGAUAGAUUAAGGAAUGGAGAAAACCCGAUUGAUACUUGUGAGAUGUUCAACAGCGUUUCCAUUCUGUUCUCUGACGUGGUCACCUUCACGGAGAUUUGUUCCCGGAUCACUCCAAUGGAAGUUGUCUCCAUGCUCAACGCUAUGUACUCUAUAUUUGACACCCUCACCGAAAAGAACCGGGUUUAUAAGGUAGAAACCAUAGGAGACGCAUACAUGGUGGUGUCAGGCGCGCCGGAGAAAGAAGACAACCACGCGGAGAAAGUGUGUGACAUGGCACUUGACAUGGUGGACGCCAUCACUGAUCUGAAGGACCCCAGCACUGGAUCUCAUCUAUCCAUCCGUGUGGGAGUACAUUCAGGAGCCGUGGUCGCAGGUAUCGUAGGCCUGAAGAUGCCUCGCUACUGCUUAUUCGGGGACUCCGUCAACACCGCGUCCCGGAUGGAGUCCACGUCAGAAGCCAUGAGGAUACACAUCUCGCAGACCACCCAGGAGUUGCUGUCGCCGUGCUACAAGGUCACUGAGCGGGGCGAAAUCCAGGUCAAAGGGAAAGGAGCUAUGAAGACCUAUUGGCUGGAGGGAUGUGAAUCAAGACCAGCUCUAACAAAAAUCAUAUCAAAACAAAUAGAACCAUUCUCCCAACUCGAAUGGGAAAGAGCCGCAGACGCCCGAGACAGCAUCGCUGAGCAUUCCGCACAACAGUUCAGCAAUAAGGAAACCAAUUCGUUCCUCUUCACAAAUUCAAUGAAUUCUGAACCCAAUUCCAUUGUGAAUAGCGUUGGAAAUCCUGUGACAUUCCAAACGUCUCCUCCCGCUUUGAAGCAGACUCCAACUGUUACUUCGCCAGUGGAAGAGAGACGGAUGUAUUCUCCGGUCACAUUCCAAGAUGUAGCCCGGCGGAGUAUUGCGAAUUCUCCCAACAGGACAGACAAGGACAAAGAUUGCCGAGCUAUCCCCGAGUCGAGGUCAACGUCUACCAGCGUGGCGGGAGCGUGGACGGACGCCGAGUCGUUGGAUCCACAGCGGACUCUCGACAGCUUGAACUCUUCAUUUUGUUACAGCUCAGCAUCCCCUUGCAGAGUGAGCACGGCACCAGUGGCGAAACGCAACAGUGACGUGUGUACAGAUAAUAUGCAUACGUACCGUACGUCACCCACACACUCGGCGCCAGUGGACGUCACAAACGCGCUCGCACUGACGGAGUCAGCGCCGCGUGCGCCCUCCCCGCCGCCCUCUCCACCGCCCGAGCCUGUACCUAGACACUGCGUCGACGAUAUCGAAACCGACACAGAGUACCAAGACGCCCACGGCGACGUCAACCACAUUUGCACCCCAGCAGAAAACGUCGAGCCAAAACAAACCAAAAGCCGAUUCCGAACAAGGAUAUCCCUCCACCACAGAGUAUACAACUCGAUACACCCGAACAAGGAGUCAGUCAAGGAUAAAGCUCUGCAGCCAGUACAACCUCACGGUCACCAUCAUUCGAAAAAUGUCAACCAUCACCAAUGCUGUGGCGCUUUUGGCAAUCCCCAUGUAAGACAUAAAUCUAGUAAUUCCAGUUGUCAUUUAAUAUAAUUAUCUCUCUAGUAAUUAAAUUAUUGUAUAUAUCAUAGACGAGUAUUGGGCUGCAUUUUUCAUACCGCAGAAAAUACCUUGAGUUACACUAAUUCAAUGUAAUUCAAUCUCUUCUUUGGGUGAUUGCAUAAUCUUUCAAAAGUUCAGACCCUCAAUCGUCUAAGGCUUCAUUUUUUUAAACUUCCUUCUGAAUAUGUUUAGGAGUCAUGCCUCCAGUUUCCAGACACGCAUUGAAAAACGCCUUUUACCUAUGAUUUAUUUUAGCAAAUAGUCACCGCGAAGCUAAUAAAAUCUAUUACCUACCUAACUUGUAAUUUAAUACUUUAUCGGUGUGACAUGCAUAAUUAUUUUUUUAAGAAAAUAUCCUAAACCUUAUCGCCUUCUCUUUCGCUGCAAUGAUAUGAAAGGGAUAGCGAUAUUUUGGAUCCGCUGGUAUUGGUCGACAAUGUCAUAUUGAAAUGAAAUGAAAUGAAAUGAAAUUUAUUGUUAAAAUAAGUCCUUUUACAAUGGUAAAUUAUUUAUUUAUUGUCUUCAUGGCACCCAUCUUAAGUCUAAUGGAGUUUUAAAUCACAAAGAUUUUAAAGAAAUUUCACUUAAACUCGACAUACAAAGCCUAAAGACGUCUAUUUCAAAUACCUUUACAAGAACAAAAAUUAAUUACGGUGUUUUUAUCUUCGGCCUAAAAUGUUGGUAGUUUUUUAUUAUUUUAAAAUUAUUGAUGUUGUAUUACUAUUAGAAUUAUGUAUUACUAUCUAGAAUCAUGUAGGAUGACAGGAUAUUUUUUAUAUUGUACAAUGUACAUACCUUUAUCUUGAUGUAUUAAAUAAGAGAUAUGAAAAAUAUAUUGACUGUAAUCGAUUGCUCACAAAUCAUGGGAAAAAUUAUGAAAAAAAUAAAGUACUCACCGAGUAAUAUUCUCAAUUUGUGAUCACCUGGUUAGACGUCAAUAUUUUAUCUAAAUGUUAGUACGAAUAGUAAUAAAUGCAUCUAAUCUAUAUGUACUUAAUUCUCAGACCAAUUAUAGAAGGACCUGUAUCACACUCAUAGUCACGAACAAAAUUGUCUGUCAUUUUCUGAAGAAAACGAGCUUAGAUUUGGUAUAUAUCUCAUACUAAAUUAGAAGUUUUUUCCCGUUAUUUACACCAAUCAAUUACACAGAAAGGUAUUUUUACGGAGCUCUUUAACCGACUAACACGAAUACAACUAUUUAACAUCGAUUAUAUAGAGACAGUUUUUAUAAUCGCAUUAGAUCGUUGAUCAUAUACUUUGACAGAAAAGUAACAUCUAGCGAGGCAGGUCCUAUACAAUAAUUGGUCUGAGACUUAAUUAUUAUACCUACGUGUAGGUUGUUUGCACAAAAUUACGACAUUAAAAAUAAUACAAAUAAUUAUUUAAAUAUGUCUAUAAUGUUAAUAUAUUUUAUGCAAAGUGUAGGCAAUGUGAUUUAUAUGAACAACGCUAGUCUUUAAAAAAAAAUAGGUACCUAUUUAUAUUUUUAUGUGAAAAUAUUUUAUUCAGUUUUUAAAAAUGUUGUAUAUUUUUGACUUUGAUUCAUAAAAUAUUGUAUUUAGAUUUAAGUAAAGCGAUGAUCUUUUAUUUUAAAUUAUUCCAAAGAUAUAUCCAAACCUUAAGCUGUAAAUAUUCGUAGAAUUUUUACAAAUCUUGUAUAAACUUUUCGAUUUUUUGUAAUCUACUUACACUUACACAGACAAUAAUUAUUUUUACUUUAAUUAAAAAAAAAUUGAUAAGCCUAUCUUUGAUAAAACAAAUAUUUAUUUUUAGUUUUUUCCAGCUAUGUAAUAAAUUUUUGCUUUUAAAAUGAGCUUUACAGUUGACAAUAGUAAAUAGAUCUAUUUCUAAAAAUCUAGCUGUCAAACAGUGAUUUAUACCAUUUCUAAAUAUUAUGUACAUUUCAUUAAGUGUUAAAAUUUUUAACGUAUCCACAUAAUGUAUUAAACUAUUUUUAAUAUCAUAAUAAUUAAUGUCUUUAGAAUAUAAGAAUGCCUGGAAUUGCGGUUUUUAGCUAUUUUUGUGAUUUUUUUUUAUAUUUUUUGUUAUUAUUAUUAGCUUAAAUUCCAGACUUUUAAAAACUAAAUUAGUUUUUUAAUGAUUAUCAGCAAGUGUAACCAGAAUUAACCCAUUUAAAGGUAAAUUAUCUAUGUCGUGAAAUAUACAACUAAAUUAUAUAUUUUCUUUUGAAUACCUAUAGGCAACACUUAAAAUAUGGUUUUUAUUACUUUUAUCACUAAAAAUCGCAAUUUCGUGCUCAAAACACAAAAUAUUAGGCAAAAAAGACACUAAACAUCACCUUUCUCAAUGGAUUAUCCCAAAGUAUUUAAAUUAAACUCUAAUUCUUUGGUCCAUACUCCAAAGCUAUUGCAGAAUAUGUGUUAAAUACAGCUUAUACGAAGUUAUCUAUAUGUACCAUAUUCUGACAAAAUAAAGAAUGAUUUUAUUUGAUUUGGUAAUGAGAUAUGGAUGUGGCAAUGGGCGGGGCACAUAGUGCGAAGAGCCGAUGGACGUUGGGGUCCCAAAGUGCUGGAAUGGCGACCCCGCACUAGUAAGCGCAGUGUUGGCCGACCCCCCACCAGGUGGACUGACGACAUCAAGCGAGUCGCAGGGAUUCGCUGGAUGCAGGCGGCUCAGUAUCGUGAUGUUUGGAAGUCCCUACAAAAGGCCUAUGUCCUGCAGUGGACGUCCAUCGGCUGAUAUGAUGAUGAUGAUGAUGAUGAAUGAGAUAUGGUGGUAUUUUUUAGUAAUAAAUGCCUGAAAUACCUACAUUAUAGUUUAUGUACUUAAUAGUUUUAAGCUGAAAUCUGAAAGAUUCACCAAACCGAUAUGUUAACUACCAUGAAUUAAUGUUGUAAGUCAAUUAGGAAUGUUCUAGUCGUUUUGAGAUUACAAACUACGAGUAAACUUACUUAAAGUACCUAAUUUGUAUUUAAUCUGUUACAGUUCCGUUCACAAAUAAGCGAUAAACAAUUUGUUUUGAACAAAUUGAAAUAAUUAUGUUAAAUUAUUUUCAACAACUAAAUGAGUUGAAAUUAUAAUUUUUAGUAUCUACUCUCUAGUAUACAAAAGUAUUUAUAAGUGAAUUUAUUGUUUUAAUAAAUGAGAAAUUAUCAUUGUCACUAUUGUGAAAA